GACAUCAUUAAUGUGCGGACAUUAAAAGAAAAUCUUGAAGAAACUCUGCAGCUAGAAAUAGAAAACUGCAAGGAGGAAAUAGCUUCCAUUUCUAGCUUAAAAGCUGAAUUAGAAAGAAUAAAGGUAGAAAAAGGACAGUUGGAGUCCACAUUAAGAGAGAAGUCUCAACAGCUUGAGAGUCUUCAGGAAAUAAAGAUCGGUUUGGAAGAACAGUUAAAGAAAGAGACUGCUGCUAAGGCCACCGUUGAACAACUAAUGUUUGAAGAGAAGAACAAAGCUCAGAGAUUACAGACAGAAUUAGAUGUCAGUGAGCAAGUCCAGAGAGAUUUUGUAAAGCUUUCACAGACCCUUCAGGUGCAGUUAGAGCGGAUCCGGCAAGCGGACUCCUUGGAGAGAAUUCGGGCGAUUCUGAAUGAUACUAAACUGACGGACAUUAACCAGCUCCCCGAGACAUGACACCCUGAUGGCAGGAUUCUAGCCUGCACUUUGGGUUUUUAACUCAUCUUUAGAGCAACAUUAAUUGUUAUUUAACUCUUACCUGAAGAAAGAGAAGUCACAACAAAAGGAAGACUGGAGAAAUGCUUACUUCUAGAGGGAGAAGACUGUGCAGCACAGGAAACAGCAGCAGUGGGGCGAUCUGCAGCCAGGAUACCUUCAAAUGGGAACACUAAUGAGAUUCCAGGCUUGAUUCCAACAGGCGUGGGAUCAGAUUUGGUGAUGGAAAAAGUGCUGUUUCCUUGCCUGCUUUCUCCCAUAGAUUUUUGGAACACAUUUCCCUACCCUAAAGCGACAUCCCAGUAGUGUUUGGAAUUUUCUGUUCAUAGAUAUUGGAAGAGAGAAUUUGCUUUACCUGUUGUCUAGAGCUCAUCAGUAACAGCAUUCAGUUAGCAGACAGAGGUGUGUAGUAUGCUGUAUGAAUAUUUUAUAUUAAAAUAUGAAGGUUUGGAGCAGGCCAUUGGCUACUGACUAUAUUUCCCUUGCUCAGUACAUUUUUGUUUUCCUUUUACCAUUUUAUCUUGUUUUGGAGGACCUUAAAUGCUACUGAAACUUACCUGAGAACCAUAGGACUGUGGCAGACAAAACAAUUCAGGAAGUGAAUUAAUUAUGAGGAUCUGAAAACUUGGUUGGGGCCAUAUAUAUAUAUAUAUAUAUAUAUAUAUAUAUAUAUAUGUGAACGUUAAAGGAAAAGCACAAGAAACUUUGGAAGCACUUUUUCUGCAAACUUAGAUGAUCGUCAUGGGCCCACAGGUACCAGGAUAAAGCCAAAUUGGUACCAUCUACUCUUUAGAAGUGUUUUAGUCUAGUCAUUGGAUCAGUGAAAAACAUUAAUAAAACAAGCUUUGUCUGACAACCUCUAGUAUACAUUUACAAAUCUCCUUAUUUUUCCAACUUGGAUCAUUAGGCUUAAGUACUACUUGUUUCAAAUGUGUCAAAAACAAAAAUGGUAACUAGGUUGACAGAUAUUUUGUAUUUUUUCUUUUAAAUUCAGAUCUGCAAUGUAAGUAACAAUGCUUCUGGAAAGCCAGUUAGAAUAUUGAUCAAUUUGGAAAUCUGCCAUCUCACUUUACAAGAGGUUAGAUUCCUUUCCUGUGUGAAGAAAGCCUCAAUGAAACAGGUCUUUGCCAUAACUUGAUGAUUGAGUGCUACAGAAAGCACAAAGAACUGAUUCAUGUUCACCAAUACCUGCUGAGUACCGACCCAGGAAUAUCCAGUGGAUGGAUGGCUACACUGUUUAAUUCAUCAUCCAGAUGGUUCAAAGGUAAAAUGGUUUUCAAAUAAUUUUUGAGAUUGGUUGCAUCACAGCAGGGUACCUGAAAGAGGCUUCUGGGAGUUAGUGAACUAGGUAGAUUGUUUUGUUCACGUAAAGCCACCAUCCACCGUCAACUUAAAUUGUCUUUGUUAUAAAUAAGGUCACUAUGGACUUGCCCUAAAGAUCUUCUGUACUUCCGUGUUCCAUAGGACAAAUGAUAAGUACUACAUACCUCAUCUCUUGGGUUAUUAUUGUAGUCUUGCAUUCAUGAUUAUGAAUUUAAAAAUAAAUGCUAAUUAUGGAAAUAGUACUAAAGGCUUGCUGCGCAUGAAACAUUAUUUUAAUUGGUUUAAAGUCCCUUUAUAAAGAGUGCUACAUGGUUUAGAUAAAGGAAACACAUAACUAUCGAGUUACAGGGGAUUUUAUUAAUUAUAAAAUGCAAUCAAUUUAAAUUACAUAGGUUUAAGACUAGUCCCUUGGAUAAGCCCCAAGCAAAUUUGUCUUCAGAUUAUUAAAAUUAGUGCUGUAAAUCAGGGUGGGCAAUUCAUAGCCUUUCUGAACUGACUGAACUAUAGCUUGCAGUGAAAUGUUCUGCUGAGAUGAGCACCUUACAGAUAUUUUUUUCUAGAAUAUGGUACUGGGUAAUAAAAUCAUCACAAUUUAGGGAAUGGUUAGUGGUUUCUACUGUGGCAAAUGCAAACUAUUGGAAUUCACUUUAUUGAGAAAAAUAUUGUAGAAAAACCCAAACUGAGACUCUAGAUUUUGUUUGACAAUGCGUUUCUGGUAUGAAACAAACUACUGUGACCCUGUACAGGGAGGAAACAGUUCUUUCAGCUGGGUUUUCAGCAUAAAUGGGAACUGAUUGAGAAGGCAGGAUUUAGCCCAGAAGAAUCAGUCGGGUUUCACGAGUGUUCCUGUGUUUAUAUUCAGUCUGUGCAUACAUGUUCUCACGCAUGUCUAACCUGAUUUACCUCUUACCUGUAACCUACUUUAUGUGGUUUUAAAUUGGCAGUCACUCAGCCAUUUCUAAGCAGGUAUAGUACUACCUUUCAGAACUCAUUGGCAAGUAUGAAAAAAAGACUUAAAGAGAACUGAGAACAAAGUCACAUUCUGCAUACUAAUCUAUUUUUUUCUCCCUUUAAGGUGCUAAACUUGCACCUCAUGUCCACUCAAUAACAAGUAUUGUGGCAUAGAGCACAGCCUUACUCAGCUCUGAAAGGUAAUACUGCCUGUGAGGAAGUGAGCCAGCAGUGGCCUUUGCAGUUGUGGAUCUUGAGCUCUGCUCUCAGCAGACUUCAAGUGUAACCAUUUGUUAACUGUACUGAAGGCGUGUCCUUAAGAAAGUGUUCAAAUUAAAAAAGCUGCUGCCGAGUA